UCCACGGAAAAUCACCAUCACCCAUCAAAAUAAACAAAGCAAGCAAGCUCUUGAGUCCAAGUCCUCAACACACAAUAAUAUGUCUACACUGAAAAUCCGAUCAAAGAAACCAGACGACAUUCGAGGUCUCGUGACGCUGAGGCUGCUCAUUCGGAAGCUUGUGCAGAAGGGUCUCUCCAUUUUAUCAGCCAGAGGCCUUCAUCACCACAAUGAUUUUGAUGAAGCCACAGUGGUGCCAGAAGAUGUUAAAGAAGGGCAUUUUGCUGUUUUUGCAGUGAAGGGCAAGGAGGCAGAGAGGUUUGUGGUGAAAUUAGAGUCCUUGAAAAACCCUGAGUUUUUGAGGUUGCUAGAAGAAGCUGAGGAAGAAUAUGGAUUUGAACAGAAGGGGGCUCUUGCUGUUCCUUGCAGGCCAGAGGAGUUGCAUAAGAUUUUAGAAAACAGGAGGGAGAAGAAUAGCAGUGAUAAUAAUAAUAUUAAUCUUAGAGUUAUACAAGGAUGCUAGCUAAGCUAGCUACCCGAAUGAGCCCAUUUUCAUGUAUGAUUUAUUAGCCAUGUAAAUUUCUCUGUCUAAUUAUUUCCUCUGUUAUAUGUGCUCUUUUUGCACUGGAUGUAGUCAGAUUUCUGCAUGGAAAGAAUAUAAGAAAAAUUCAUUCUUGUAUCUUA